AUGGACUAUGCAAAUCGAAUCAUCUGUGGUCCGAUGGUACGAAUCUCCAGUCUUCCAUUUCGUCUUUUGACACUGGAAUAUGGAGCUGAUGUCGUCUUCUCUGAGGAAUUAAUCGAUUACCGACUCACUCAGUGUGUUCGAGUAGAAAAUGACUUGUUCGAUACAAUUGAUUUUGUUGUACCGGGAGAAGAUCGAGCAAUGUUACAGAUCCACAAAACUCGAGAAAAAAAUCACCUUGUUGUUCAAUUAGGCACAUCAGACGGUCAACGAGCAUUGAAAGCUGCUCAACUUGUAGAAAAAGAUGUUGCCGGAAUUGAUAUCAAUAUGGGAUGUCCAAAAAAGUUUUCUCUUCAGGGUGGAAUGGGUUCGGCAUUACUUGACCAUCCAGAUAAAGUUAAACAAAUUCUAGAAACUUUAGUCAAUAAUCUUUCAAUUCCAGUUUCAUGUAAAAUACGUUGUUUACCGACCAUAGAAGCAACAUUAUCACUCGUACGUGUCAUUGCAACAACAGGCGUUCAUGCGAUAACAGUUCAUGGUCGAACACGAGAUGAACGUAACAAUGAUCAAUGUCGCGAAGGAUUUAUUCAAGCCAUCGUUCAGGAACAUUUGCCGAAUAUUGUUAUUAUUUCUAAUGGAGGAUCAACCGUGAUAUCGUCCUACGAAGAUAUUGAGAAGUUUCGACUGCGUUGUGGUCCAACUCAUGGUGUAAUGUUAUGUCAAGCCGCUAUGUGGAAUCCAAGUAUCUUUCGACGCCAAGGACUCCUACCGAUUCGAGAUGUAGCCAAACGAUUUCUUGAAAUAAGUUUGGAGUUUGAUAAUCUAUUGCCAAAUAUGAAAUACGUUCUUCAACGGAUGUUUGGAGUGGCUGAUAAUGAAAUAGAGUUUUACGAGAAGAUUCUUGCUACCGAAACAGAAGCGGAACUCUACGAUUUGUUUGGUAUGAAGAAUGACUACGAACAGCAAUCAGAUGAACAACGACAAAUGUGGCGUGAAAAACUAAGGAAUCGAUUGAUGAACAUAUCUGACAAACCGUCUGAGUCUGAUAUCAUCGAAAAGUCAGCCAAAUUUGUUCGAUCUGAAUAUACAUCAACGAUGACACCAAAAUCUAUUUUAAAUGCCUAUUGCAUUCAAGCACAUGUUGAUAAACCUGUUUACCAUACAGAAGAAUUAAAACCUCAACGAAUAUUCCGAACAGUAAUUGAUUUCAAUGGUCAACGUUAUUCUACGACAUCGUGGGAGAAAAAUAAACAAUUGGCAGAACAAGGCAGUGCGAUUGUUUGUUUACAAUCCAUUGGUAUCGAUCCGAGUCGAGCUAAAUAUGGAGUUAAUUAUAUAAAAGCCUGUCUUUCGAACGAAAAUAAAUUAAAAUCAUGA